GUGGCCGAUGCGGACGCCGAUUGGAGCGUCAGGGGGCCGCUCCGGGUCCGGACGCGUCUCCCGCCGCCAUGGCCGCCGUUCGCCUCCUGCUGCCCGGCGCCUGCCGCCUGCUGCGAGCUCCGCCCGCCCGGCCCGCGCCGCGCACCUUCACCUCGGGUGCCGGGUUCCAGUACAUCAUCACGGAGAAGAAGGGCGAGAACAGCAGCGUGGGCCUGAUCCGCUUGAACCGCCCCAAAGCGCUCAACGCACUCUGCAGUGGGCUGAUCACAGAGCUCAACCAGGCGCUGGACACCUUUGAGGAAGACCCGGGCGUGGGGGCUAUCGUGCUCACGGGCGGGGAGAAGGCGUUUGCAGCUGGAGCCGACAUCAAGGAAAUGCAGAACCGAAAGUUCCAGGACUGUUACUCCGGCUCCUUCCUGAGCCACUGGGAUCGCCUGGCCCGGGUCAGGAAGCCGGUCAUUGCCGCGGUCAACGGCUACGCACUUGGUGGGGGCUGUGAGCUCGCCAUGAUGUGUGACAUCAUCUAUGCUGGAGAGAAAGCCCAGUUUGCACAGCCAGAGAUCUUGCUGGGAACCAUCCCAGGUGCAGGGGGCACUCAGAGACUGACCCGCGCCGUUGGGAAGUCCCUGGCCAUGGAGAUGGUCCUCACGGGGGACCGCAUCUCAGCCCAGGAUGCCAAGCAAGCAGGCCUUGUGAGCAAAAUUUUUCCUGUUGAGAAACUGGUCGAAGAAGCCAUCCAGUGUGCAGAAAAGAUCGCCAGUAAUUCAAAAAUCGUAGCAGCGAUGGCCAAGGAAUCUGUGAAUGCAGCUUUUGAGAUGACGCUCACAGAGGGGAACAAGUUGGAGAAGAAGCUCUUCUACUCAACCUUUGCCACGGAUGACCGGAAAGAAGGGAUGACUGCGUUUGUGGAGAAGAGAAAAGCCAACUUCAGAGACCAGUGAGCUGGCUGCCUCGUCCUGAGAGCCUCAGUCACGGAGGGAAGACAGGCACUGAGCUCUUCAGAAGCAGAGGGUCCUUGCUGGAAGGGUCCACAUGAGGCAGCUCCAGGCACCGUGAGGUCUCAUGCCAGGGGCUGACUGCAGACCACAUGCCCCGUGUGGCCAGCGGGUGAGUGCAGCUGCCGAGUGACCCUGGGACUCUCCCCACACUGGUCAGCAUAACAGACUGAAGCCACAGUCUGCCUUUCUUAACCACAAGACCUUGGAUGGUCUGUCACAAGUGAAAAUCAUGCAAAUAAAUGAGUCCUUGAAUGA